CUAGGGAUGGAGGAAGAUUACCAGUUCCUGUUGUGCAACCGAUGCCAGAGACAAGCUGGGAACCCCAAACUUCUCACCUGCCUCCACACCCUCUGCACCGAAUGCCUCGAGGAGAACAAGCCCAUCGGGCAAUGCCCCGUGUGUGAAAGCCCCAUCCAGACCUCGGACGGGUCCCCGCUUAAGGAUAAUUCGCUUUUCUCCAACCUCCAGAUCAAGCUGAACACCUACCAGAAGAUUGUCAGCAACGAAGUGCUGUUUUGCAACCUGUGCAAAGAAGAGGCGGAGUUUUGGUGCUCCGAGUGCUCCGAGUUCCUGUGCCGGAAGUGUUACGAAGCCCACCAGUGGUACCUGAAGCAGAAAAGCCACGAGUCCCAACGGCUGGCCGACCUGAAGAAGGAGACGGCCCAGAGUUUCCUGGAAGGGUUGAAGAAGUCUUGUACUCUCUUUUGUGCUGAGCGCAGCCACAACAAUCAGGUCAUCAGCAUCUAUUGCCGUGGCUGCCACAAACCCCUGUGUUGCUCUUGUGCCCUGCUCGACGGAGAACACUACAACGCCAAGCUUUACAGUGACAUCCAGGUGGAAAUUGAGAACCGGAAGGAGGAACUGAGCAGGCUGAAGGAGGAGCUGGCGGAGAAGAAGAGGAGUUACGAGAGUAGCCACGACAGUGUCCGCGAGCAGCUCAAGAAGCUGGAGAAGGUGCAGAGCGAGACCCAUGAGGUGAUCCAGAAGGAGGUGGAAGACAUGGUCCAGUGGAUCCAGCAGAAGGGGGAGAAACUCAUGGAGAAAGUGGACCGGCAACUGUGCCGGGAGCAGGAAGAAGCCAAGAAGAAGCUGACGUGCAUGGAGAAGAUCCUCAAGCAAAUGGAUGCCGGUACGCAGCUGGUGGAGAAGAUGGGCCUCUUUGCCUCCGACCAAGAGGUGAUAGACAUGCAUCCCUUCAUCAAGGAGUCCCUGGAGAGGCUCAAGAAAGAGAAGCUGCCCGUUUCCAGCCUUCAGAUCCAAGUGGAGAACUUCGACGAGGUCCGAGGGGAGCUCCAAGCUCUGUGUAACAGAGUCAAAGGAGAAGAUGCUUGUGGGUGUACAGUUUCCACGCCCAGAUCUCACAGUUCCGUGGUCAAUUCGGAGAGUCCGUCCAAUGAGAAACCUCAAGACAAACCCCAGGGAAUCAAAAUUCCAACGUACACCAUCAACAUUACCAAAGCAUUCCAGGGUUUUACCACAUCGAUUAGGUUGCCCAUCAAGCGACCCUCAGCCCAGCUGGAGAAGUCCACCCAGGCUUCCCCCAAGAUGUUGAAGUUGGAAGAACCGGAGUGCGAUGCCCCUAAGGUCUCUAACCAGCAAGGAGAAUGUCCCCAGGAGAACGUCCCCAGGUCUGGACAGCCUUCGUUCCGUGAAUCCACACCAGAGCCCCAGCAAAGAGAACCUUCCAGUUCGUUGAUACUCAGGGAAGAUUCCCCUUCUGGGAUCUGUGAACCAGGUAUGAGGAGAAGCAGAUGGUGCCAGCAUUGUGAUCAGUAGCUCCGAAGACACCGAAGAUGACGCUGCGUGACCACCUGCUUGUUCCAGACUGGUUUCCAGUAAACUGAGCCUGAGUUAGCAGCCACAGGAUGGACUGACAUUUUUCUCCUAUGCUUCUUUUAGUCAAAUCCCUGAAGAGUAAAUAGCUGCUUCACAGCACCAACUUCGAGCUGUUGUUUCCCUCCAGGGCCUUUUGCCUCAUGGAAAAUGAUUGUCUCUUUUUCCUCCUUUGUGCACAAUUUUAUCCAGCCUGUAAUUAUAAGCAUUGGAUCACGCAUUGCUCAUCUCUGGAUCCACAUGCCUUCCGUAGGUGCAGUCAGGCGUGGCUGCUGAACAAAAUUUAUAUUUCUACUCAGUUCCUGGAAUUUGUUACCUGCUUGUUCUGCUAAGAGUUUCUUCCAAAUAGCCUUGGGGUGGGUUUUUGGUUUUUUUGCCUGAUUUAUAGCUUAGUAACUAGAGGAACUCAAAGUAAAUAGCCUUUCACCUUCCGUUAGCGGAUUUGGUCUGCCUGGUUUUCUGAUUAUUACCGAAAGUUUGUACGUCAUACUUUUUUUAAAAAAAAAAAAGGGCAAAGAUGCUGUUUGGGCUUACUUCAUUUUUUGGAGAACCUAAGAUAAGCAACAAACCUUUGUACUGGCUAAAAUAGAACUACAACUCCUGAUAGCUUUUUAAAAAGGUCCAAUGAACUCUGAUGGAGAUCAUCAAUUCAAAUUAAGUUGAAUCUCUCAGUUUUAAAGUCUGGUCAGUUUCUCACUGAUUAUUUAUUCCUAAAUAAUCUGUCUCCUUGAUGUGGUGCUUUUAAAGGAAGCAGUUCCCAAAAUGCUCUGGAUUACCGCCCCCCCCCAAAAAAACUCCAAAGAACCUCGAUUCUUAAAAGUCAUGCUGAUAGCAAGAUGGGUGGCGAAUAAAAUUAACAAAUAAGUAAAAUAAAAUCAAUUGUAAACUGUGUGUGCCCGCUGUGAAAAGGACAUAGAAGAGAGAGGGUGUCACCUCUCUGUUCAUUAAAAGAAGUGCAUUAGAGUAAUUUACUCUCCCUAAUAAGCCUGAAGAAAGAUGCAGCUAUUUUAAUGAAACGGCUAAUAAAAGUGCCGUGUUUUAAAGCAAUCCCAAGGUUCCUCUAAUUGAAAUUAGGACUUGGUUUGCCUGCUAGGCUAAGCUAGCCUUGGUUUAAUCAUGGAUCAGUGAAUUAACAAGGUUGGCUGGCUACACACAGUGUAUUAAGCUCUGAGCCAGUUGUGUGUGCGCGCGCUGCCUUGAAUUUUUUGUAAAAAUAAAGAAAAGGGAUAUAAAUAAGUUAAACAAACAGGUUUUACAAGCCAUCAUGUCUAAUUUCCCCCAAUAUGCUAAGCCAAAUUCAAAUAAAGCACAUUAU